UACGUGUACACUUUCUAAGGUAAGCCUUUUUGUAGGAGUUUCCCAUCGCUGGAAAGUUUCUUGAACCCAAUGCGAAAUGAUGUUGUCUAGAGAGGAAGCCUUUUCUUUCGCCGGUAUUUUAUUGGCCAUUUUCGUGUGUGGUCUCGUGGGUAACUUUCUUGUCUGUUUGGCGAUUUAUUUUGACAAAGACCUUCGCCAGCAACACUCAAACUAUUUUCUUUUUAACCUCGCCGUGACUGAUCUUCUUACAGUGAUCUUCGUGAUCCCAUUUUGUGCUGCGGCGUUGAUUCAGGGGAAUUGGAAUUAUGGCAACGCGUGGUGUCAAGCAACAGCUUUUGUUUACUACAGCUUGGCCAUCGUUGGCCUUGAAAGUUUAGCGUUCAUAAGUUGGGAUCGUUUUUACGCCAUUAUCUAUCCACUUAAGUACAGGGCAAAAGUAACACCCAGGAGAAUCUACGUGGCUAUUGCUUUCAGUUGGAUAUGGGCGUUUAUUUUUACAAUCCCCUGCGCAGCCAUGGGUUGGUUUAGGUAUGGAGAGUACGAAUCGAUGUGUACUUAUAACUUCACCGGUACAGGCAAUAAGUGGAAAAUACGAGUCGUAAUUUACAGCGUUCUAACAAUUACACUCUGUAUCAUGAUUCCAUCGGCUGUGAUACUCUUCUGCUAUUUUCGAAUAAUCUCCGUAGUGCGACAUCAAGGAAGACGAGUGGACACCAUAACUUCGAGAGAGAUGGCGAAUUCUAAUAACUCGCGGCGCCAAGCAUGGAGAAGCUGUUACAGAUUUAAAGGUUUUCGAACAAUAACUGCGGUCAUAAUUUUGUUUAUUAUUUCGUGGACUCCCUUCGGUGCAACUCGCUUUAUUAAAACGGUAACGUGGGACCAUGAAUAUAUUCCCGCUGUCGCGGAUACAUUUGCAACUGUGCUGUCUUUGUUUAGCACAGCCGCCAAUCCUUUGGCCUACAGCCUCUUCAGAAGGGACUUCAGAAGAGCUUUUAAAAGGCUUCUUAGACGAAUAUGCUGUUGUGCUAAAAGGAGAGUGGACGAAAAUGAAGAGUAGAUGAAGGGCAAAAGGGGUCGUGCUAAAAUAUUUUAAUAAUUGGAUAUGGAAACACUUGAGAAGAGAAAUUUAAAGGGUUUCGGCGUAGACAAACCGUGAUUCAAGAUGUCACGCUGUUUGAAACGCAGAAUCUUUUUUUAAAAGGGAGUCUUCAAAACUGAACAAGAAUAUGUUACGGUGGAGAAAGGUGAACCAGCUCGAUUCUCAACAAAUCACCUCAGUUGACUUCAAGCACACAAAACCGUUUUUAAAAGUAAAUGAAGGACUCAAUAUAGACACCUUUAAUCAUGACUAAAGCUGUGAACAGACAUUGCAUAUGCAGUUUAAGAUGAGGAAAAAGAUGAAUAUAACGAGUAUGAGAGGAGGAAUUCAGGAAAGCCACCACGAUAAUUUCAUCUGGUCAGGGGAUCUUCAAGACUAAUGAACAAGAAUAUGUUUUACGUCGGAGAGGAGUGAGGAUCGAAACUUGUUUGAAUUCUAGUUUUUUUCCCAAUAUUUCAAACGCCAAGAACCAAGCUGACUCUCAAUCAAUCACUUCAGUUGACUACAGGCACACAAAACCGUUUUUAAAUAUAAAUGAAGGACUAUAUACACCUUUAAUUAUGAGUGUAGUUGUGAAUUAAACUUUAAUUUUCAUUGUUAGUUUGAAAAGAAGGGGAUGGACCAUAUGCUUUUCAAGUAAACACAUUGCUUUAGCGAGCUGAAAGUGUUAAUAGCUCUCUUUGAGAACAAAACCAGUUGGCCAUUUUUAUCCUCUUGACUUUCGGGGUGGUAAAAUUAGAAUUCAGUACGACAUUGUUUCCGAUUCUGUUUCUUUGGCAAUUAUUUCCUUUAUUUGAUACUGUCUUGAAAUUGCCUGAUACUGUCAUUGAAACUCAAAUUCUGCCAUUAAGGCGAAGAAAAGCUUGAUCGGUAAGACAAAGAACUUGUCAAAGUUAGUUUGUUUUGUCUUUCAAACAUCCAAAGCUGCAAUAAAACUGCAUCAAAACAGCGGCCGACUAACAGCCUUUUGCAAAUAUUUGACUUGCAGUUUUAUUAAUUUCGAGAUAUCCAUCUAUGAAAGAGCUCCAUUGUUAUUCAAAUCAUCGGGGUAAAGUUGCUUGUGACCUGUUUCUUGAAAUUUAUAAGCAUUAUUUUCAACUUGAGUUCAUUAUUGACCAACGCGGAGAUAUUUUAUGAGAAAAUCACUCAAAUGAUAAUGGUAAAAAAAAAGUGGUAAAAUUUAAUUUUAUUUCCAGUGAUUACCUUAACAAGACUGUAGACUUACUAAACAAACAUUUCAUUUCCACUUUUACAUUUCAUCAUUGAUGAAUGGCUUUUUUCCGCUUUGAUGCUAUGUCAUUGACAGUUCAUUGCAAAAAAUAAAAAAACAAACAAAACCGAGACAAGAAAAAAGUAGCGAAAGUAGCGGCAAAGUUUUAAGGGAAGUGCUUUGACAUGGAACAAAACUGCGGUAGAUUUGAAGUAUAUGGGGUUCAGUUACCCUCUGCAGGAAAGACGAAGGAUAAUCAUUAGAGGCAACAACA